AAACAAUGCCAGGACACUUCCGGAAUCCCCUUCCAGCGUAAUGACGUGACACGCAGACGUUACCGUCGCUCAGAUCAUACGUCAGAUCCUGAGGAUCGGUAACAGCUAACUGUGCAGAGAGGUUUCAUAUUCAGAAAUAAUAAGAAGUUGGAUGCCAACCGCCGUAAAACAAGAAGGAGAGGAGAGAGAUAUUCAGAAAUAGUUUUGUAAAUACUUCGUGUUUAGAUAUUUUAGUUGUUUUAGUGUUUUAUUGUCUGUUUCUUGUUAAACUCGUUUUUUUCACUUUCUCGUCGGUCGGGACAAAGGCUUUAAGGGAGCAGAUCCGAUGCUUUCUCCGAAGAGACGCAUACCAGACCGGUGGCUGAACUACUGUCCUGUAGGGCGCAGGAUACCAGGGACUCGGUUCAUCGCCUUCAAAGUGCCGUUUAAAGAGUCUCUGAAUCGUCAGCUGCCUGAGUCGGACUCCUUCAGUCUGUGGGACCUGCUGGACUCUGUGGAAAGUCAGAACCAGGAGCUGGGUCUGAUCAUCGACCUCACCUUCACCACCAAGUAUUACGAACUAACAGAUGUUCCGCAGUCCUGCUUUUACACCAAAAUCUUUACAAAGGGCCACCAGGUUCCCUCCAAUGCCACCAUCCUGAGCUUCAAACAGGCUGUGAGACGAUUCCUGAAGGAGAACCAGGACAACGACAAGCUGAUCGGAGUCCACUGCACCCACGGCCUGAACCGCACCGGCUACCUGGUCUGCAGGUACCUGAUCGACGUCGAUGGCUUUGACCCGCUGACCGCUCUGGAGCUUUUUAACUCCUGCAGAGGUCAUUGCAUCGAGAGGAAGAACUACCUCCGUGACCUGCAGAGCGCUGCCAAGAGAAGCAAUGACGCCAUCGACCAUCCACAGCAGGCGGCAGCCAGAGGGCUCGCUGUGGAGAGACCGCCACAGACCACCAAACAGGACCAGAGACCUCCACAGACAACCAGACAGGACCAGAGACCACCACAGACCACUAGACAAGACCAAAGACCGCCACAGACCACCAAACAGGACCAGAGACUUCCACAGACCACUAGACAAGACCAAACACCGCCACAGACCACCAGACCGCUAGAGACCAGAAGACAAAAUCAAAGUCUGCUAGAGACCACCAGACAAGACCAAAGACUACCACAGUCCACCAGACAGGACCGGAGACCACCUGAGACCACCAGACUGGACCAGACACCACCACAGACUACCAGACGGGACCAGAGACCGCCACAGACCAGUAGACAAGACCAAAGACCGCCACAGACCACCAGACAGGACCAGAGACCGCCACAGACCAGUAGACAAGACCAAAGACCGCCACAGACCACCAGACAGGACCAGAGACCGCCACAGACCACCAGACAGGACCAGAGAACGCCACAGAUUACUAGACAGGGCCAGAAACCGCCACAGACCACCAGACAGAAUGCAAGACCACCACUGACUACUAGACAGGACACAAGACCGCUAGAAACCACCAGACAAAAUCAAAGUCCGCUAGAGACCACCAGACAAGACCAAAGAGUACCACAGACCACCAGACAGGACCGAAGACCACCACAGACCACCAGGCAAAACCAAAGACCACCACAAACUACCAGACAAGAUCAAAGACCACCACUGACCACCAGACAAGACCAAAGACCUCCACAGACCUCCAGACAAGACCAAAGACCUCCACAGACCACCAGACAGGAGCAAAGACUGCCACAGACCACCAGACAAGACCAGAGACCGCCACAGACCACCAGACAGGAGGGACAGCUGCUUCAGAACAUCACCACUGCUGCUGAACAGGACGGACACGGUUCUGUUUCUGAUCACCAAGAGGCGGCGCCACCAUUUAGAGAUGAUCCAGUGCAGACUCAAAGACCGGCUGGUAACCGUCAUAAACGUAGAGCUCGACGUCGCAGAUCUCAGGUACUGGGACAUACAUCCUCCCCUCAUCACAUGACCAUGAAGCCCCGCCCCCCAAGUGGCUCAAACAGCUGCUCUGAUUAUUGAUCGAUGAUCUACUGUGAUCUUUCUCAUUGAUUGUUUCCUGCAUUAGAAACUUGACAGCUGUUGAUUAGGAGUCAGAUUCUGGAACAAAGCUGAAUUUUUCCAUUAAUAUAUUGACAGACAUGCCACAACAUUAUGACCACUGACAGGUGAAGUGAAUAACAUCAGUCAUCUUGUUAUAAUGCAAUGUCCUGCUGGGAAACCUUGAGUUCUGACAUUCAUGUGGAUGUUUGACAUGUACCACCCUCCUAAACAUUGCAGGUCAAACAACCCCCCAUGGUAACAGCAGUCCCUGAUGCCUUUUUUUCACCCUCAGCUGGACAAUGCACCCCGACACCACAAAGAGAUGUAGAGAUGAUGGAUGGAGAUUUGAUCUGUAAUAUUUCUGUUCAGCUGUCAAAGUGUAAAGCUUUUUGUCUGAUGAGCUCAUAAUAAAUAAAAAAAAAACUGUU